CUGCUUUUCCAUCCCGCCUGUGUGCGCCGCGUCCAUACCAAGAUCCUCCAGGUUUAUUCAGCACAUGUCCGCGCCGCCAGAGCCGGAUCUCGUCUCAAGAUUGCCUUAAUACGCCUCAAAAGUCGGAGCCAUCUCCAGUCUGACCGACAGCUGGUCUCGGAUUUGACGGGUUCUGUUGCUGCGCUCCUCUGCCCGGAAGAGCUUCAAUCUCAACUUCUGAUCUCACUCACAAACACUUGUGCCAUGCAGGAGGUGUAAUCCUCCACCCUCUUAUUCUCUUUCAACCAGUGGAGGAAAUCCAAAAGCAAAAAAAUAAAAAUCCACUUUGUGAUUAAAAGAGAUGGCCAACCCAGACUCCUCCUUGCCCUCGGACCCCCCGCUCCCCCUGACCUCCCCACGCACUCCCCUCCAGCUGUCCUUCCCCUUCCUGAGGGAAGGCAGCCGCAUUUGGGAGAGGGAGAGGAAACCUCCACAACCGGGAGAGCUGCCCAGCCCGCUGCCUACGAAACGUACUCGAACAUACUCGGCGACAGUGCGAGCCAGAUCAGGUCCUGUAUUUAAAGGAGUAUGUAAAAACUUCUCCAGGUCUCAGGGUCAUGGAUUCAUCCGUCCUUCUCAUGGCGGAGAGGACAUCUUUGUUCACAUCUCUGACAUUGAAGGGGAGUACGUUCCCGUGGAAGGAGACGAAGUCACGUACAAGGUGUGUCCAAUCCCCCCCAAGAACCAGAAGAUCCAGGCUGUGGACGUGGUGAUCACACACCUGAAUCCGGGCACCAAGCACGAGACCUGGUCAGGUCAGAUCAUCAGCUCCUAGACCGGCUGCAGGUGGCACGACUGCAGAAGCGAAACGGAAGUUGGGAUUUAAUUUUAGGUUUUAUGUUUCUGGGGCACAAUGAAUUGGACCAAAUCUGGGACAAGAGGGGAUUGUGAGCUCGCUGUAAAGUGAAAGUAUUAGGCCCUAUAUGGUUCGGUUUUGAAAGUGAGCAAAAAAAGUCAGGGUUGAAUUUAAGCUUUGAAUGUAUAUGUUUGAAUGUUAACCCAAGAAAGCCAUGGUUUCUUCAAUUGGUUCUGAAAGACUUAGUUAAGGAUUUAAAGUUGGUUUUGGAAAGUUGGGGUUCAGGACUUUAUGCAGACAUGUCUUUGACCAAAUUAAAUGAAUUGAUUGGGAAGUCAUUGGUCACGGGAAUGGUCAUGUUUCGGGAUUAAGAUGUCAAUGACUGAUGAACGUAAGGCCCAAAUGCAUUUAGAGCAAACUCAAACCAAUCUUGCCAUGUUGACUUCCAUUAGGGUUAAAUGAGUCUUAGUUUCAUAAGACCUGCUUGAGGGAGAUGUCUUGUUUACUCAAACUCUCAACUAAUGCAAUCUGCAUCCUAUCGCUGCCAAGUCAUCUGAAAAAUUUAAUGAAAUGGCAUUAAAAUUUGAAAUUGGUUAUGUUUGGUGUGUUUACAGCCAAAGUUAAUGCUUUGGAGAAAAAGAUGCUUUCAAAACUAAAUAGUUUACAGUGGGCUUUGAAGGCUCAAAGUUUUUUAAACGGUACUCCCAGUUUGUGAAGCAAGUCAGUUUUUAAGACAUUUGGUUUGUUCUAUAUGCGUUUCUGCCUCAAGAGCUGCGUCAAGCUCUCUGUUAAGAAUCAUGUUCCUUCGUUAUAUUGUAGCACUUCUGUGUUUUGUCUACUUGGCCUAUGUAGAAAUCCAGUAUAACUGUAGCCAGCUCCUAUGACGGUCUAAAAUUUCAGUGGUAGAGACGGAAUACGGAUGUCGUUCGGCCUGCUGCUGGAAAACCAGGCCAGAGGGUUUGGGGUCGGGAGGAUGAAUCUGCAGAGGGGAGGAAGAACAGCGAAAGGGCAGAGGAAGGAGUGAUAAUCUGUGGGGUACAUGCACAUGGACGCAGCUGGAUCAGAAAUGAUGUAAAAGAGGAAGAUUUAUCUUAAAAUCAGCAGUGAUGGUGAACUUUUAAGGGGGUAUACCUUUUUUUUCAGAUUGGGUUGUGUGAAGUAUUCGAGUAUUAACUGUCUUACUCGCUGUCGUCAGAUGUCAGAGUUCUCAGUUUGAUGAGCCCAAAAGCAAAUCUAAGCAGUAAACAGUUUCUGACACCAGAAGUGCAACAUCUCUUUUGCCAUAUAGAGCAACUCAGACCUCAAGCAAGUGAAGUUUAAAUGAAUGCGGUAUCACGGACUUUGACCUCGUCUCUAUAGCAUCUUAGCUGCCAAACAUCACAAUACGACCUGUGGUCAAUAUUUACCUUGCUGUUCAAAAACUGAUGCGGUGUAAAAACCCAGAAUAAUUUUGUUUGCUUGAACUGCUGGCACCUGCACUUAAAUACUCACACAUACCUCACACAAACGCAAGAAAAAAAAAACGGAUGAUUCCUUUAAAGGAAAAGCUCGACAUGUUUGACAAGUAAAAAAUAUUUGCCUUAUUGCGAGACGUUAGUUGCCAAGUUGUCUCGCCGCACUCUCUAUAUUUGAGUGGUAAACAGCUAGCAGUGGCUAGUUAGCUUAGCUUAGCACAAAGGCUGAAAACAAAGGAAAGGCAGUAGCGCGGUGUUAUUUAGAAGAACAUAUUAGGGUAUUUUUUUCCUUCCCCUCUUUUAUUUUGUAUGUCAGAUAGAUUUGUUUAGUAAAAAGUCAGCAGAGCUAAAAAGCCCAAAGCCUACAUCAAAGGGAGUUAUUCUCUCCCCUCCAUGAUACUGUUCCUGAACUGUCUGAAAUGCCUUCCUGGCUGUCUAUAUUGACAUGUCAUAUAUAUUCAUAUAUUUGCACAUAAUCUGCCUAGUAGCUGGUUUGGUUUAACUGAAAAGACAGUUACUAGCGACUCCAUACACAGCCCAGUCCCAUAAAGAGACUAAAACUAAAUGCUGUCAGGUUACAGGUUCUGCACCAGUGUUUACAAUAAUAAAAAAAAGUCAUUCUUUUUUUUCCUCACAUAGGAAUUAUUGUAAAAUGGGCUCCAUAACAUUGAAACAGUAGCUAAGGUAAGCUUAACUAAACACCCAGCUGGCUAGCUGUAGCACAUUUGGAUUUUAUGGGCUGUAAUUUUCAUUUAUUUCUUAACAUGUAAGCAUAUUUGACAAAAUGUUGAAUCUAUUGACAUAAGUAGUGGAUACGUUCAUGUCUAUCUGAGAUAUGCUUCCGAACUGUGAAAUAUACAAAUUAUUUUUUUUUUUAUAUAUGUUAAGAUUAAUUUAAAAAAGACACCAUGGGAAAUUAAAGAAAGGUGGCUUUAUCAAUGUUUGGGGAUCUGCUGAUUUUUAGGUGGAAGGCAUAACACUUUUGGGUUUCGAAAGUAUUUUUUGUAGGACAAAUGAAGACUGUGAAGAGUAGAAGAGAAUGAUUAUUCAGCAAAGCAAAAGCUUCCAGAUGUAAGUUUUUAAGAAGCUAUUUAUUGAUUUAUUUAUUUAUUUUCAAUUUGUAACAAUGAAAACAUCAGGUGUUUGGUAAUUAAACGCUGCAUUUCUAGGUAUUUGUGCAAAGCCUAUUAAAAAAACAUUGUACAUCUCACUCUGAUGAUACUACCCUGUUCAAUCCCUUUGCUACUGUCAUUUCAUCAUAAACAUGCAAAACCCGAGUUUCUAAUUUCUAAACAAUCUUUGUCAUGUGUCGUAGGAGUAAACUCCAUUCAAAAUAACAGGCAUUUUGUUGUUUUCGAAAUUGGCAUGUCCUGUACUGUUUGUGGUAUUUUUGUGUAGAAUGUGUUGAUUUCUGUUUCAUCAUGCAGUAACAGGGCCAGAGCCUCCAGAUAGAGAUGUCAUCUUGUCGCCUAUGCAUCUUUGAUUUCUCGCCACCAGUGUGACUUAAUGUCAUGGUAGCACUGUAUCUUUGGAUUUCUUUACUGUGGGAGAAAUGAGUUUGAUUGUUUGCACUUUUAUUUCUGUCGGAUCACUGUGACACUUGUCUUUGUGGUAAAGGAAAGGUUGAAUAAAACUUAAAGUUGCAUUCAAUGUGUGUUUUCUUUCAAUCAGAUUUCCUUUGUUUCUAGGCCAAUAAAUCUAGAUUAAGCUUGUGAUAUAACCUAUUUUUUGUCUUCUUAGACCACAGAUGUAUGCUCUUUUUGUGCUUUUUUUUUUACUGUACACUCAUUUUCUCUAAUAAAGGGUUUCCU